GCAUAGUUGAGGCGUUUGUGCGGUCAAACUAUCGCGUUUGAAUUUCGUAAAGCGGUGGGGAUACUGCUGAUUGGCUCGUUUUGGCCGAUACACUGUGUAACGAUUCGGUCGCGUGCGGUCGAGCGUAGCGCGCCAACUAAGCUUUUUUCAAAUAAGAAAUUCGAGUUCGUAUGUUCCAUUCUUAUUUCGGAUUUCAAUUCGCAUUGGUCUAGUAUAAAAAUUGGUGUUAACGAAAAAAAUGUUUUGCUGCCAAAAAUAUCGGUGAAGACUAAUAUUGCAGUGUCAGUGAUUUGAAAAACAGUUUUAAAAACUUUUUUAAAAUGUCAUCUGUGCACUCUGAUGAUGACCAAGAGGAGAUCAACGUGGACUCUGACAGCAGGUUAUCAGGCCACUGCGAUAGAAGCAUAGCAUCAGAGGACCGAGACUCAGAACACAGUUACCAUGACAGAUAUCAUGAUUCACCGAACGAACACAUGACUGACACCCAACCGAGGGUGAACCUACCUUUCAGUAUAUCUCGGCUUUUGGGGAAACAAUUUGAAGACAUAGAUAAGCGUCGAAAUUCCGGGGAAAGUGAUGAUAGGAGUGAUCAGGACACUGAAUCAGAGAGUGCUAAAGAUGAAGGGAAAGAUAAUUCUGGUUUGCCUUUGAACUUUUCACAUACACCAGGUUUAUAUCCAAAUUCGGGACUGUUGUUGAGACCUGGGCUGGGUAUCGGUGGCGGCUAUGGGUUUUCGAGUAAUCCGGGGGUCGUUAGAGUGCCGGCUCAUAGGGCCCUGGGUGCUUUGGGUGCCUGGGGGGUCACUAUGGACCCUAUGAGGCAAGCAGCCGCGGCAGCCUUCGCACAUCAAAUUGUUAAGGAUAGAUUGAAUGCCUCAUUUCCAAUCACGAGGCGGAUCGGCCAUCCCUACCAGAACCGAACGCCGCCGAAACGCAAGAAGCCUCGGACCUCCUUCACAAGACUCCAAAUAGCUGAACUGGAAAAGAGAUUUCAUAAGCAAAAGUAUUUGGCGUCGGCUGAAAGAGCCUCGCUGGCUAAGACUCUGAAGAUGACUGAUGCGCAAGUCAAAACGUGGUUCCAGAAUCGACGGACUAAGUGGAGACGCCAAACAGCAGAAGAACGAGAAGCAGAACGCCAAGCAGCGAACCGCUUAAUGCUCUCCCUUCAAGCAGAAGCAUUAAGCAAGGGCUACAUCCCCGAACCCCCACCCGGUUCAGCGCAACUCUCCGCUUUACACUACCAGAACUCAACAAAUUCAGCGCAAACACAGCCGUCGAACACCGCUUUAAGCGCUUUACAAAACCUCCAACCAUGGGCUGGCAAUCAGAGUAACUUUUUGAAUGCUCAAGCGGCGACUGCCCAGCCCCCUCACCCCCCUCCCGUAGCAUCACCUAUAUGUUGAUCGGAAUUAGACUAGAUUUUUUUGUGAAGGAAUUUUUUGUAUGACUGUACUGACUGGUACAGGCGAUGUAAAAAGUGCUUCUCUACUUUUGUAGGCGCUGAAAGCUGCAUGAUUUUUUUCAUUUGUAAAUUAUUUUUCAUGUUUUGUUCAAAGAAAAAUACAGCAUAGUUUUUGAAUGGAAGUAAAGACGACGUGAAAAGUGUUGAGUGUAAAUAAUUGCAAAAAUAAAAAGUGGUCCUACUGAUUAUUUUACCUUGAAACUUCGAGGCAGCUUUAUCCAAGCAAUUUAUCAAUUAUUAUGAUUUAAUGAGCUAGCGAUUCAAAGUUUGUCUUACAACCAGUUUUACCAGAUGAUAAGAGACUAAUAGAAUUACAAUAAAUUAUCUUACUAAUUGUUAUAGUAAUUUAUACUCAUGUCUACUCAAUUUAUUAUUGAAAUUCGCCUCUAGUCCACACGAUUUACAAAAAAAAGUACCAAUACCUAUGCUCUUUUAAUAUUACUUUGUAAGAAGUAGCAAUAAAUUAAAAUAAUAAUUGUAAAUAAAUGUUAUCAGUAUUAUAAUGAUAAUUACUUAAUUCUGUAAUAGUAUAUUGUGUAAUUAGAAUAUAUUCUUUAAGUCUGCUUAAUUGAUAUGUAGUGGAAAAUAAUCAUGUAUGUAAAUUAGCGAACAAUUUAGAAACAAUAAGUUUUUAAUAAAAUAAUUACUGUGAAUGGAGUUGUGUGCAUGAUUGUACUUUUUUACAUUAAUAGGCCAAUUUUAAAUGAAAUGCCUUUUCUUUGCAAAAUAUGAAAAUAUUCUAUGUUCUUUUACACAUUUUUUUAUCUAAUAAAUGAUAUGAAAAAUAUUACGCUUUGAACACAAAACUUCAUCAUUCUAUUAAUGUUAAUAUUUUAAGAAUUCUAUGUAAAAACAUUGUAAAUAUCUACUUAAAUAAGGUUGUACUCAUAUUACCUAAUUUUAAUUUUGAAAACUCACUCGGAUCUCAAACCAAUAUUUUUACAAUCAAAAUACAAUUAAAAAGGUAUAAUUAAAUGCAAAAAUCUUUAAUACAGCUACCUAUUUCCAUCUUUUAUAUAAAUUUUAAAAACCAUCUCCAGUCUUAAAAAAUUUAAUUUAAAUAAAAAAAAUGGCUUUUAAAUGUAAGUUACAAAUGUGCAUUCCAAGUAGAAACUUGUAAAUAUUAAAUGUAAUAUUAGUUUAAUGAAAAUAAGUGAUAGUUUAUAAUGUAGCUCAAUUCACUGUGAAAAUUGUCUUAUAUUGCGUUUAUGUACUAGAUGUAAAUUAUUAUAUAACUGUCGAAUUUUCGUUGCGUUGGCUACAUACAUGAACUGGACGUUUUAAUAAAAUAUUGAGAUAUCCAUA